AUGUCUCCACCUCUGCUAGCCUGCGAAGACGAGGGGCAGACUCCCAAUUCUCCAAUUGAACGGUAUUACGAUGCCCAAUUGGAGAUGCCUCCAUCCUCAAAGCCUCAAGUGCCAAUUGCCGACCAGACCCAGGCCGAACUCGAAGCGCAGUACGAAGAACAAGAAGUGGUGGACAAUCAGAACAACUCUGUACAACAUGGGUCUUCAGGCUUGAAGAAAGGUGCCACAGAUCGUUUUCCUCUACCUGAACAUCUACAAGCAAGUUCAACUCCAAUGGAAUCUUCUACGGCCAGCAGCGAUGUAGACAUGGUAGAUUUGGAAUGGCCGCUUGAAAACGACCUCAUGGCACAAGAGGCCAUGCAUGAAAUCAUACCAUUCUCUGAACGACCACAAAAUUCCCAAAACCUGAAACAUAUCAAGGUCUCGGAGCUUUCGGUGCCAAAGUCCCGCUACACCGGGAACAUACCACCUCUUCCCAUUUCCAAAGAGCAAGUUGCAGUCCAAGAAUUACUGCAAGAGUUCAAAAGUCAACAAAUUGCAGCCAGUACAGCUUCUGGCCGAAAGCCUCCAUCCAUUCUGGGCUCAACCGAUGAUGAUUAUGUGGAGUUUGUGCUAUCCGACUUUUCCAUCUACUUACCGUAUAAUAAGUUCAAUCCAUUCGAGAUGAGACCGUUGAACCACCUCUCUUCGAAGCAUAAAUCCAGCGAAUUUCUAUUUGACGGAGUAUUAAGUCUAGGAAAUUCAAGGCACUACGUCCAGGCUGUUCCGUUCAAUAUUUGUUCCAUUGGGAACUACGGAGAAGACGAGCAUGAGGUUGGAGACAGCAUCUGGCUUCAAUCCCACCUUAACUUGAAGAAAAAUAUAUACUACCGUUUAGGAGCCCCUGCUCCAGAAUACUUUCGUUUCCAUACAGGGUUCAAGUGGUUGGCAGACCUGUCUAAGCAUUUUGUGGACUAUUGUCACACAUUCGAUAAAUACGAGGUCUCAGUAUUCGACUUUCGCACCAGCUUUUCACAAUGGCUUGAAAAGAUGCAUGCAUCCUCAUCUGGCUACCAGCAAUGGCGUCAGAAGUACGGAAAAGCGGACUUCAGGCAACCGAUCUCUGCCAAUAUCAGAUUCUUGUGGAAAGAAGCCAUGGGCGUCGAUUCAGAGCUUAUGUCAAAUCCAAUAUGGGCAGAGCUUAUGGAGAUGAAUCACAUUCCUAUGCAGCAGAUCACAGAAUCCAAAACUGUGGUUACUCCGUAUAUCUAUGAAUGCUUCAAGCACAUGAAAUUCGGACACCAUCUCAAGUCGGUCGAGUUCAACAGCGUUACCCAUACCCAGCAUUUGGCACUUUGCAAAGGUCUAAAUCUCACCCCAACUUCCAGUCUCAGUGGUUUGUUUGCGGAAAUUCCGUCAGCCAGGACAACUGGAGUUGAGGAGAAGACCACCGAAAUGGAGAAACUUGAACAUGAAAACAAAGUCAAAAACAUAAACGUUGGUGACGUCCUCUCGGUGACUAAAGAUGGAGCUGAUUCGGUCUGGAAAGAUGAGAUCAGUAAAUGGAAAGCGCUCGAUAACUGUUGGUAUGUCUACGUACAAGGCGUACACGAUGAUGGGGAUGAGCGCUCUUUUGAUGCUCUGUGGCUUUACAGGCCAUCAGAUACAUCUUGCGCCAUGAUGAGAUACCCAUUCGCCAACGAAUUGUUCUUGUCCGACAACUGCACCUGCAAAACCGGCAAAAUUACCACAGAUGAAAUAUUAGAUGUUGUCUCAGUAUCUUGGGAUCCUCAGCCGCCAAAUUCCGCAAGACAACUUUUCAUCCGACAAACUUAUCUCGAAAACGAAAUUUAUGUGACCUGCAAGGAAGAUCACAAGCAGUGCGAGCAUCUCCGAGCCCGCCAAGCUGGCGGAUCACUGGGUCUUGCACCUCGAUUUAAAAUUGGUCAGACUGUUCUCGUGGAACCACGCCAUAAGAAGCACGGCCUGGAAGCGUACGAAAUUGUUCGCUAUGAGGCUGAUGGUAACAGAUGGAAUGUGAUCUUGAGACAGCUUUGGCGAAGACGAGAUAUAGAUCGGAGUGGCAGGCCGAAUGAGCUCGUUUAUACGGAUAAGACCGAAAAGGUUCUUGCUUCGAAGGUCAAGCAAACGUGUCUUGUCCGAUUCUAUAGCGAGGAUGAUAUCAAGAGCAACAACAUUCCGGCACCGUACAGCAGAGAUGGUACUGGGAAUGCAUUUUACAUCACAUGUCGAUAUGUUGAAUCAGGAACUGGUUACCUUUUGAAACCUAUCGUGCCGAACACCCCAAAAAGCUUAAUCCAAGGUUUUGACCCAUCAGCUCCACCGCGAAAGACACAGCUUCGGGGUAUGGAUCUCUACUGCGGUGGCGGGAAUCUGGGACGAGGCCUUGAAGAGGGUGGCGCCGUCCACAAUGAGUGGGCCGUCGAUAACAUGCCUGCAGCAAUCCAUACGUACUACGCAAAUCUCAAAACCCCAACGAGUACGAAGUUAUUUCAUGGAUCCGUCAAUGAUUUAUUAAUCCAGGCGAUGGCUGGAAACCCACAGAACUCUGAUUUGAUUCCUUCGCCUGGGGAUGUAGAUGUCCUCUCCGCAGGGAGCCCGUGCCAGGGAUUUUCCAUACUGAACAAUCACAGGGAUGCUGAAAAGGGGCUCAGAAAUCAGUCUCUUGUUGCUUCUGUGGCUGCGUAUAUCGAUUUCUACCGCCCAAAAUACCCGGUACUAGAAAACGUUAUGAAUAUGGCACAGAAAGGACGAGGUCGUAAUGAAGACGUUCUUUCUCAAUUGAUCUGUGCAAUUGUUGGCAUAGGUUAUCAAGUCCGGUUAUUUGUGAUAGAUUCCUGGAGUUGUGGUAGUCCGCAGGCACGAAGUCGAUUAUUCGUAUCUGUUACAGCACCGGGCCUUGAGCCUCCCGAACAUCCACGCUUGUCUCAUUCCCACCCCCCAAAUAUCGGGCAUCGCGGACUUGGAAAGCUUGCAAAUGGGGAGCUCUUUGGGCGACGUUUGCAUGUUCCUACCCCUUUUAAGUACGUCACUGCGGGAGAGGCAUGUCGGGACCUCCCUGACAUAGGAGAUGGGCAAACUUAUCAGUGUAUCCCGUUCCCAUAUCAUGUCACUCCAAUCGGAAUGACAGUAACAUUGAAACUACAGAUGAGAGCUAUUCCGACCCGCCCUUACGGUAUGACAUUUGCGAAGGCAUGGGAUGAUGGUAAGGGUGUUAUGAGUAAGGAGGAAAUGGAACUCUUUCCAUUCAUUUCAAAGGAUGGAACGCUGAGGCGGUUCUAUCAGCAUGGUGCAAAAGGUUGGGGCCGCAUGAUUCCGACCGACCCAUUUCCAACAGUUGUCACACUCGUGUCUCCCAACGAUGCCCAUGUGGGAAGAUGCCUACAUUGGGACGAGCACCGCACUAUUUCGAUUUCGGAAUGUCAACAAGCACAGAGUUUUCCAGAUACAGAAGUGCUGGUAGGCACACCGCCCCAGCACCUUCGGAUUAUCGGAAACAGCGUUGCGCGAACUGUUUCCCUCGCGUUAGGGCUUUCACUCCGAGAUGCCUGGGUCAAAAGUGCUCCGAAUACUCUGAGCUCGAGUUGUCUCUCUACAUUAGCUGAGCACCCCAAGUCAAGAGUCACACAAUUCGGGAAAAGGGCAUCGUCUUUUAAUGAGAACUCUAACCCACCACAAAGAACUUCUUCCACGAACAACGCUCGAAUUGAUCCAUUGGUCUCAAACAAGUCGAAAGUCAAAGAUGUACCACGGAUUGUUAUUCCAGACUCGGAUGAAUCUUCCGGUGAAUCUUCUGAUGAACCAAUUACUAAAGAGUCUUUUAGUCGAUUCCCAAGGUCUUUUGAAAUACGUAAACCAGCUCACGCUAAGCCUGCCACCCGGGUAAGUGUCAAGUCAGGGGGUGCAGCAAGUAGCCAUAGCAAUGACUCCACGAGCAGUGAAAGAUCUUCUUUAAAACGACCCCAUAGCAUGGUACAAGACACGAGGAUCGUCCCCCCCACGAGAAAAUCAGCCUUCCUGUCGACGACCGAGUCAGAGAGAGAUCCUAGCAAGAGGGGCAACUCUUCCUCUGUUAGUGCGUCACGAAAUAGAUCGCUUGUGCCCCCUGGGAAAGCGAGCAAAGCAGCGCUGUCGACUAGUCGACGAGCUUCGAAAUCAAACAAUGUAGAUUCCACAGAAGUGAAGGGAAAAGUCGUGGAUUCAGGGCACUUGACAGAAUCCCUGCAGGCUAUGAAACAGGAGCUUCAAUUACUAAACCCACGAUACUUUGCUGAUGAAAAUGCUGAUUCAGAGUCGGAUGGAUACUUACAGGGAGAAUCCGAUUCCGAAGACUCGGAUACUGACUCUCCUACUCCAGCGUUGAGGCCAAGACCGAUACCUGAAAAGGAGAUUCCACGAUCAGCGGAAUCCUCAUUAUCUGCUCAAAAGAGGCGAUUUGAGGAUCGGGUUAUUCAGACAUCAAGAACGGGAGUUGCAAAGUUACCAACCAAACCGGCCUCAAAUUUGAAAGUCGUCAUCAAUCUUAUAUCAGAUGAUGAAGACGCGGACGCGGACAAGGCGAAGAAAACUAAGAGGCCUGCAGUGAGCCCAACUGUUCGACCACCAACGAGCAGAUACGUUCCCGUGGAUAAUAGCGGGCUCGCCGCAUACGCGCAGACCAACAGUUACAUACAUAAAAGCAACACACAGGCAAGGAAGCAUGGACCACGAACUAUGACUUGA